AUGACAACUGAUGAAAUUGAUGAUGGACGUUCAAGUAUACGUUCAAGUGAUAGGGGUGAUCAAGGAGAUGAUCAAGGAUAUGAUCAAAAAAUAUUAACAACCUUUUCCGGUUUUGCAGGAAAUGUCAAUAAUAUGCUAGGAUCUGGCAUCUAUUCAACACCAGGAAUUGUUUGGCAGACAGUCAAUUCACCUGGUGUUGCAUUGAUUAUAUGGAUAUAUGGUGGCUUUGUAAGUUUAUGCGGGUCAUUAACUUACGUUGAGUUCGGAACCAUAACUUUAGAAAGUGGUGGUGAAACUGGCUUUUUUAAAAAAGCAUUUCCUAAACCAAAAUUGCUUAUUAGCUAUCUUUUUAGUUUUGCUUGGAUUUGUGCAAUAAGACCUGCAUCCUUGGGCGCAGUGCUACAAGUACUAGCACAACAUUUUCUGUUUGUUGUUAUACCACAUCCUCCUGAAAAUACAGGAAAUACAACAGUAGACGAACAUGAGUAUUGUCAAGCAUCAGAAAAAUUUCAUCGACAAUUACAUCCAAAUAAUGAUUGGGGGUUGGAAUUUUGGACCUUAAAAAUUAUUGGAAUAAUAGCAUUGUCAAUUAUCACAUUUUAUCAUAUAUUUUCAAAUGUGUGGGCCAGCCGCAUCAACCAAGCACCAGCAGUGGUUAAAAUGUUAACUCUGACAGUUAUCAUUUCUAUUGGAUUUGUUCAACUUGUUAGAACGGAUGUCAGUAAGCCAAAUUGGCAAAAUCCAUUCUAUGUUACAGAAAAUCUUUCGUUUUCAAGUGUUGCUGGCGCUUUGAUUUCAGUUUUCUUUGCAUAUAAUGGUUGGAACAAUUUGAAUUACUCUUUGGAUGAAUUUAAAGACCCCAAAGGUCGAUUGAUAUACAGUAAUAGUCUCAGUGUCACUGUUGUGACCAUAUUGUAUACUCUUACAAAUGUUGCUUUCAUCACAGUCGUUAAUUCAAAAGAUGUAAAUAGACACGGAAAAGAUUUUAAUGAAGUGAUAGCAGGCAAUUUUGCCAAGGAGAUAGGUGGCGAGAAGUUUGGAAGGGCAUUGUCCUUCUUUGUUGCAUUGUCUGCUUUUGGUGCUGCAUCUUCUAUGACAUGGAGUGGAUCACGUGUCAUGUUAGAUGAUAAAAAAUAUACACCACGUAAUGCACUUUUGGCACAAUUUAUUUGGUGUGUAAUGGUGUUUGUAAUUCUUGGUGGAGCAUUCUCCUCUGAUCCAUUCAAGACGCUUGCAAUAAGACCUGCAUCCUUGGGCGCAGUGCUACAAGUACUAGCACAACAUUUUCUGUUUGUUGUUAUACCACAUCCUCCUGAAAAUACAGGAAAUACAACAGUAGACGAACAUGAGUAUUGUCAAGCAUCAGAAAAAUUUCAUCGACAAUUACAUCCAAAUAAUGAUUGGGGGUUGGAAUUUUGGACCUUAAAAAUUAUUGGAAUAAUAGCAUUGUCAAUUAUCACAUUUUAUCAUAUAUUUUCAAAUGUGUGGGCCAGCCGCAUCAACCAAGCACCAGCAGUGGUUAAAAUGUUAACUCUGACAGUUAUCAUUUCUAUUGGAUUUGUUCAACUUGUUAGAACGGAUGUCAGUAAGCCAAAUUGGCAAAAUCCAUUCUAUGUUACAGAAAAUCUUUCGUUUUCAAGUGUUGCUGGCGCUUUGAUUUCAGUUUUCUUUGCAUAUAAUGGUUGGAACAAUUUGAAUUACUCUUUGGAUGAAUUUAAAGACCCCAAAGGUCGAUUGAUAUACAGUAAUAGUCUCAGUGUCACUGUUGUGACCAUAUUGUAUACUCUUACAAAUGUUGCUUUCAUCACAGUCGUUAAUUCAAAAGAUGUAAAUAGACACGGAAAAGAUUUUAAUGAAGUGAUAGCAGGCAAUUUUGCCAAGGAGAUAGGUGGCGAGAAGUUUGGAAGGGCAUUGUCCUUCUUUGUUGCAUUGUCUGCUUUUGGUGCUGCAUCUUCUAUGACAUGGAGUGGAUCACGUGUCAUGUUAGAUGAUAAAAAAUAUACACCACGUAAUGCACUUUUGGCACAAUUUAUUUGGUGUGUAAUGGUGUUUGUAAUUCUUGGUGGAGCAUUCUCCUCUGAUCCAUUCAAGACGCUGUCAGAUUUUUCCACAUAUUUUGCAUGGAUUUUUUACUUUCUUGCUAGUAUUGGUUUAUUGUGGCUUAGAUAUAAAGAGGCAGAAAUUGAUCGAUCAUUCAAAGUUCCGAAUUCAUUAAUAGCUAUAUUUAUAUGUUCAGCAAUAUUCAUAAUUAUUGGUAAUGCAAUUAAGAAGGAUAUUCCAAAACCGUCUACAUCUGAUUACGACGAUUGUCAAAAAAAUGCAAUAACCAUCGAUCAAUAUAUAAUACCAAUUAUAUGCGGUGGAUUUUUAUUUGUUGGAGCUGGUUGUUGGUGUAUUAGUUAUUUCAGAUCUGGUGGGAAUUCACGCAAUAAUAAUAUUAGAGGUGAUGUUUCUAGUGAAAAUCGUGACAAUAAUGACAAUAGCGAUAAUAAAAUUGUUAGUACAUCUUUGUAA